AUGUUCGAAACGAGCAUUCAAUUGCAGCGUCUGCAGCGCGUGUAUGAGACCACCAAGAACUCGCUUAUCAUCAGCACGCAAGUGGCACGUGCUGCUGGUGUGACCGCAGCCGCCACCAUGUAUCAAAUGGACAUCUCUUUCCUCAGUACGCGCAACAAGUGGAGCAUUGCAAGACGUUAUUCGGAGUUUUAUGCUGUGCGUCAGCAGCUGCGUAGGUUUGUCAAGCAUUACAAGCAACAGUACGGAAGUGGAGCGAGUUGCCCCACCCCAUUGUUUGUCCUAGAGAAGGCACUGGAGUCUCCUUUUCCGCGUCGGCAUUUUCGCUGUGACAAUAACGUGAUCAUUACCGAGCGCCGAGCAGCUCUUGAGUCAUUUGUGCAGUCGCUAGUCACGGUCACCUCUAGCAUCCCGAUAAUCGCUGACAUUGAUGCAAUGGAUUGGUGUGGUACUACUACUGAGGCAAAGCAGCUGCUGAUGCUAUACACGGUUUUGCGGGACUUCCUCGAGUACCCAGACAUACAGAUUGAGAGCGAGGCCAAGCUUAAGGUGGCUGUGCUGUCGCUCGAGGACGUGGUCGUAGAUUCACAAAGUAACCUAUGGAAGACUGCCGAGAGCAUCAGCAGCAGUGAAUGCUGCAGUAUUUGCCUAAGUGAAUGGGGCGACAAGGAGUGUAUCGGCAUGAACGUGGUCAAGCUGCCAUGCAUGCACAUGUUCCACGAAGAGUGUCUGCUUGAAUGGCUGCAUGGCACCACACACUGUCCCAUGUGUCGUGAAGAGCCUGCUACCUCUGCUGCUCGGUACAGCCUUGAUGGUCAUGGCAUGCACCAGCGCUACUAUAAGGCAGAAGCAGCCAUUACAGACAGACAUACCUAUAGCUAA